GGAGCUUUCUCUUGUAUAUGCAAACCCUUGAUUUAUUUGGUUCCGCUGUAUGACAAGAGUUCCCACAGUUGUUGGUAUUAUUAAUGUUUUUAUAAAACAUGUCUGCUUUGAUGCAUGUUUACUUGGAAGUAAAUUUGAGGUCUAGGUGAAAUCUCCGCUUACUUUUCUUUUGAAGAAACUGUGAAGAGGACUGCAGCCUUUAAGGAGUCUCUUAAGAAACAGAAGGAUGACGGAAUACAGCAUACCCUGCUUGGUAGGAAGGAAAUUCUGCAGAAAGUAAGCAUUUUGCCAAGCCCUCUUUUAGACAACCAUUAGGUUUCCAGAUUUAGAAACUGCAGAAAUGACCAUGACUGCCAACAAGAAUGCCAGUGUCACCAGGAGAGCUGGAGGAAAUAAGGUGCCCCGGGAUACUCUAGAUCGGUGUCAAUCAAUCUCUCCACCACCUCUUCUGUACCAACCAAGAAGCCCAACAUCACAUCCCCUCAGUGAUAGUGAGGACUCCUGCCACUCCAGUAGUUUCACCAAAGUUUCUAAUUCCAGGCCCCUCCUCAAGGAUCGGACUAACUGGGGAAUUACUUUAAGAAGUACCUCCACUUCCUCCUCAGACACUGAAUCUCCAAAUCAUCUCCUCAAAGCUGUUAGCAUUGGUUGCUUAGAUAAAAGGCUCUCUUUUGUCCGGGCUGAAGACCCAAAGGAGGUGACCAAGGAGGCUCAAGAUGGUGAAGCAGUCGAUGGCUGCCAGCUCACUCGGAGCACUCUCUCUUUGGGGACAGCAGCAAAUCUAAGGAAUCUGUCCCUCAGCAGGGUCAGUGUCCACUCCCAAGCCCUUGGUAUCAGGCAGAAGAUAUCGGAAUGGGAGUGCCGCAGAGAGGCUCCCCCUAGAAUGAAUGUAUGUUUGGACAAGAGGGAUGCUGGGGAUCGGUCGGGCAGUGAAAGCUGCCCUAGUAUGUUGCCUUCUCCCUGCAGUGAGAAGACAUUUGAGUACAAAGGAUUCCAGAGGAUGAGCAGGACUUUUUCUGAAUGCUCCUAUCCAGAAACAGAGGAGGAGGAAUUCCUGGACAGAGAUUCCUGCCACAGGCUCGAAAAGAGGCCAAGUAGGAGCGAGCCUUCAAACGCCUUCCUCAAGGGGAAUGCUAGAAAAGAGAGUUCUGCUGUGCUGAACAGGAUACAGAAAAUUGAACAGGUGUUGAAAGAACAGCCCGGCAGGGGUCUUCCUCAAUUGCCAAGUAGUUGCUAUAGUGUAGAUAGAGGAAAGAAAAAGCCUGUGACGUUGGGUGUCGUGGAGGCCUUGACUGAGAACGCAAAUGAUAGCAAAGUAGGGAAGGUAGCUGCAUGUGGGAAUAACCCAGAGACACCCAGUGAGAGUGAGAAAACUAGCAAAACACUUGAUGGACUUAAUACAGCAGUUGAUUCUGUUGGCCCUAAGCUGCUUCCUGAGAGCCUGGGAAACACAGCAGUAAACCCUGUGCCCAAGCCGAAACGCACCUUUGAGUAUGAAGCUGACAAGAAUCAUAAAAGUAAACCAAGCAACGGCCUACCUCCUUCAACUCUGGCUGCUGUCCCUCCCCCUCUUCCAUCGACUCCUGCUCCCCCUGUCACCCGGAGGCAGAAAAAAGAGUCACGCUUUCACAGAAAAUCCCAAAAUAGAAAGUCCUUUGAGUUUGAAGAUGCAUCAAGCCUCCAGGCUUUGUACCCACCCUCCCCAAGUGAGAAUGGUACUGAGAAACAGCACAAGUUUGGGUCUAAGAGCACUUUAGAAGAGAAUGCCUAUGAAGACAUUGUCGGAGAUUCACCCAAGGAAAACCCAUAUGAGGAUGUGGAGCUGAAAGCCCGUAAUGCAGGCCGAAAAUCGCAGCAGCUUUCUGAAAGUUCCCUGGAUUCUUUGCACAGGAUGUGGACUCCGCAGGACAGGAAGUACACAACACCUCCACAGCUACCUUCAAUUUCAAGCAGCCAGUCUCUAAGAAUUGGAAACUGGUCAGAAAGGAAAAGCCAUCGCUUGCCACGAUUACCCAAGAGGCACAGCCAUGACGAUAUGCUGCUGCUGGCCCAGCUGGGCAUCCCCUCUUCACCCUCCAGCCUGAAUGAGGACAGUCUGAGUACUACAAGUGAACUUCUGUCUACACGCAGGGCCAGGAGGAUCCCAAAGCUUGUACAAAGGAUAAAUUCUAUCUAUAGUGCAAAAAGAGGGAAGAAAAGAUUGAAGAAGCUCUCAAUGUCCAAUAUUGAAACAGCAUCAUUGAGAGAUGAAAACAGUGAGAGUGAAAGUGAUUCAGAUGACAGGUUUAAAGCUCACACCCAACGCCUUGUCCAUAUUCAGUCAAUGCUAAAAAAGGCCCCUAGUUACCGGACCUUGGAACUGGAGCUGAUUGAAUGGCAGGAACGUGAACUGUUUGAAUAUUUUGUGGUGGUUUCCCUUAAGAAGAAGCCCUCCAAAAACACAUUUGUUCCUGAAGUCACAUAUCAGUUUCCAAAGCUAGAAAGACCCACAAAACAAGUCCGUGAAGCAGAAGAACGGCUCAAAGCCAUCCCCCAGUUUUGCUUUCCAGAUGCGAAAGACUGGAAUCCAGUGUCAGAGUACAACAGUGAGACAUUCUCUUUCAUGCUGACUGGAGAAGAUGGCAGCAGAAGGUUUGGUUACUGUAGAAGACUACUACCAAGUGGAAAAGGUCCACGCCUACCUGAAGUAUAUUGUGUCAUCAGCCGCCUGGGUUGCUUUGACUUAUUUUCCAAGAUACUGGAUGAAGUUGAAAGGAGGCGGGGAAUAUCUGCUGCCCUGGUUUAUCCAUUUAUGCGAAGUCUGAUGGAAUCUCCUUUUCCUGCACCUGGAAAGACAAUCAGAGUCAAGACUUUCCUGCCUGGAGCUGGAAAUGAGGUGAUAGAGCUUCGGCGACCGAUGGAUUCUCGGCUGGAGCAUGUGGACUUUGAGUGUCUUUUCAAGUGUCUGAGUAUACGACAGAUCAUCAGAAUCUUUGCUUCCCUCCUGUUGGAACGAAGAGUGAUUUUCAUAGCAGAUAAACUCAGCACUCUUUCUAGCUGCUCCCAUGCUGUGGUGGCUUUGCUGUACCCCUUCUCCUGGCAACACACCUUCAUUCCUGUCCUCCCUUCUUCCAUGAUCGACAUUGUCUGCUGCCCUACUCCAUUUCUGGUUGGGUUGCUGUCCAGCUCACUUCCCAAACUAAAGGAGCUGCCGGUAGAAGAGGCUUUGAUGGUGAAUCUUGGAUCUGAUCGUUUCAUCAGACAGAUGGAUGAUGAAGAUACACUUUUGCCCCGGAAACUGCAAGCAGCUUUAGAGCAGGCUCUAGAGAGGAAGAAUGAUUUAAUAAACCAGGAUUCAGACAGUGAAUCAGAUGAGGAGUGUAAUACCUUGAAUGGGUUAGUAUCGGAAGUUUUCAUCCGCUUCUUUGUGGAGACCAUUGGACACUAUUCCCUUUUUUUAACUCAGAAUGAAAAGGCUGAGCGAGUCUUCCAGAGGGAGGCUUUUCGCAAAUCUGUAGCUUCAAAGAGCAUCCGCCGUUUUCUUGAGGUCUUCAUGGAAUCUCAGAUGUUUGCUGGGUUUAUCCAAGAUAGAGAGCUGAGGAAAUGUAGGGCAAAAGGUCUGUUUGAACAGAGAGUUGAACAGUAUUUGGAAGAGCUUCCAGACACAGAACAAAGUGGAGUAAAUAAGUUUCUGCGAGGUCUUGGAAAUAAAAUGAAGUUCCUUCACAAGAAAAAUUAAUUCCACUCUACUGAAUUAGAGAUCCAAAGACUAUUUAUGACACUGGGCACAGAACACCACCUGCAGUUCUUCUACUGCUACUGCUGGAAGGGCCAAAAUAAGCUGCUCACAAGCUUAAGUGACUGCAAAUGCUGUUUGACUGUGUGCCAGCAAAAAAAGAUAUAAUUAUGUAUUUGGAUAGUUGUCUGUAAAUAAUGUGCUGUAAGCAUCCCUAACAUUUCUAUCUUUUUUUUGUCAUGAGCACAGACAACUGUGGUAAUAUUUGUAUAUUCCUGAAAAUAACAGGUGCUUCUUUCUUUAGCAUGAACUGAGUUCUGCUUGGUGCAAAACUAAAUGGCUAAUUAUGUGCAGCUGACUGUCUCAGCCGUGCCACUGCCUUCAACGGAUCUUUGCACAAGCCCCGUGGUGUACUGUGGAAGUGAAUGAACUCCAGUCUGGGAAUGGGUGGGCGGGGAGAUUCAAUGAAAGAGGGCAGGGGUUUUUCAUAUGAGCGUUUCCAAUUUUUUUAAAAGAUAUUCUCGUCAUUCAUUUUUCAGAGAAACAAAUAACUAGCUACUCUAUAAUAAGGUACAUGAUUCACAAUCACAGAUUAUCCACCUUGUUUUUAAAUGAUGGUCAGUAACUUGUAAUGCAUUCUGCACUAUGAUUGCAAAAACAGAGAAAUCUCUGGCCUUUCGACACACAGUCUUGCAAGUGAUUAGGUACAAUUCAUCUUUUCCUAAUGUAUGUAUGAUU